UCUCAACCUUGCAUUGGCAUAUUCAAUUGUACACCAGGGCAGUCGUCCACCCGGGAAACCGCACAUAACUGUUCUCGUGUAAACAUCACACAGCUCACCAUCCUCUUUACGGAUCAACUUCCUGCUGUUGCACUUAGCGGCAACACAUUCUGCCGAAGACAUGGCUCGCGGAGACACACGCGCCCGUACGGGCCUUGACACCUUCCUGCUGGCCAGCACUGCCCUAGUAUGGGCCUCUGCCGUGAUCGUGAUGGGCAUCCUGGCCUAUCUUGUCUCUCGAGGCUGGGGAGGAGAUCACGUAAUUUACGAGCUUGUCAUUUCCGUCUUGACAACCGCCUUCUACCUCUUUGCCUUCUUCCUCGGGGCCUAUCCCGGCUACGUUCUCCUCUUCAACCUCAUCUUCUCGUACCUAUGGCUGGUUGCCGUCUCCUUCACGGCUUCGGACUGGACCUAUAGCAACAGUGCUCUCCUGCAUACUGCCGAGGCCUUCAGCUUCAUUGCAUUACUAAUUGUUUAGCUUCUUCCUGUUCUUCAACGUACUCUACGACUGGCA